AAAAGAAAAAGAAAAGUAUAAUUAUGUAAAAUAGAAGAUAUAUUGGAAAAAUGAAUCGAUUUGCAUUUAGAAACAACCUAGUCAUAUUAGAGGAUCAAUUUAUAGAACUUGUUCAUGAGAGAGAGAGAGAGAGAGAGAAGAAACUAAAAAAGGUGAUUUAGUUGGCAGUUUUGAAUUUGGAGAAACAGAGAGAUAAAGAGUGAAGAUUUGGAGGAAUUUGUUUAGGCCGAGGAAUAACGUCCUUUCCAUGAAUUCCGCUGCUUCUACGAAAUCAACCUUACACACACUCUCUCUCUCGCUCGCUCUGUUUUUGCUUUGCGUGCUGAUUCUGCAACAGGGUUGAGGAGCAAUGGCCGACCAGCACAAAGUAAAGCUCUUCGAGCUCAACAAUGGAACUAUGCGAGUAAACAUCACGAACUUUGGGGCCACUAUCACUUCCCUCUUCGUUCCCGACAAAAAUGGAAAUCUUGGUGAUAUAGUCCUUGGAUUCGACUCCUUCGAACCAUACCACAAAGGCGCUUCACCUUAUUUUGGCUGCAUUGUGGGCCGGGUAGCAAACAGAAUCAAAGAAGGAAAGUUUAAUCUUAAUGGGGUUGGUUACUCUUUGGCCAUUAACAAUCCCCCGAAUAGUCUACAUGGUGGGCACAAAGGUUUUGAUAAAGUAGUUUGGGAGGUAGCAGAACAUAAAAGUGGGGAACACCCAUCAAUUACCUUGAAGUAUAACAGUCAUGAUGGGGAAGAAGGAUAUCCGGGGGAUGUUAUAGUCACUGCAACUUACACGCUUACUUCAAGUUUGACAAUGAGGUUAGACAUGGAAGCUGUGCCUAGUAAUAAGCCAACUCCAAUCAACUUAGCUCAACACACCUACUGGAACCUAGCAGGUCACAGCUCUGGGAACAUCCUUGAGCAUUUGGUUAAAUUAUGGGCUUCUCAAAUCACCCCUGCGGAUCAAAAUUCAAUCCCAACUGGUGAAUUUUUGUCAGUUAAAGGUACAGUUUUUGAUUUCACUGAAGAGAAAAAAGUUGGCAGCUCGAUAGAAAAUGUUCCUGGCUUGGGAUACGACCAUAAUUAUGUGCUUGACUGUGGGGAAGAUAAAUCAGGCUUGAGACAUGCAGCCAAGGUGAAGGAUCCAUCAACCUCUAGAGUUUUGAACUUAUGGACAGAUGCCCCUGGCAUGCAGUUUUACACAGCAAACUAUGUGAAUGAUGUUGCUGGUAAAGGUGGAGCUGUAUAUGGAAAGCAUUCUGGACUUUGUUUAGAAACACAGGGAUUUCCAAAUGCCAUUAAUCAGCCAAAUUUUCCUUCAAUUGUGGUUCAACCUGGUUUUGUAUGUCCACUUUGUGCUCAGUCUAGGUCAUCAACUGACUUCAGAGGCAAGCUCCAAUCACUGAGUAGAAUCUUAUUAGGCAUAUGAUGGAAGAGAAAUUCAUCUUGAUCAAUUAUUAACAACUGAUGUACUUCAGUUGUGUUUAGUGGCUCAACUUGAUAGAGAAGUUUCUCAUAUGCUCGUGUUUGACAAAAUGGUUGAAGUAUGUUCUUUUGAUGAAGAUGGACAACAUAUAUUCUGUAGAAUCUGUACAUUGGAGGACUUUGUAUGCAUUACGCUUGACUUGCAAUCCUAAGACUUUUACUCCAUUGAUCAAGUCGUUACCUUUGCCAAGAGUUCUGAGACAGAACUAAAUAUUGGAUGGAUACUUGUAAAUGACUAGCAGUUCCACAUGAGCCACCUCCUGCUUCUACCAAGCUCCUUGAUUCAAAGAGGGUUGAUUGCUUAACUGUUGACAGAAAGGAAACUCAUAUCACCCUAAGAAGACUCGUGUUUAUAUGUAGAGAUUGACCAAGAUAAGGAAGACAAGGCAGGCUAAGAGUGGGGAGAGCCCUAUUGAUAUGAUUGCUUUGUGAAUGCCCUUUAUACUGAUGAAGAUGAAGGGUUAAUGUUAGCUAGUGUACAUAAAUCUCCUACUAUAGGUUGAGAUUUUGUUCAAGUGGGAGAGAUUGAUGAAAUAUAGCUGGAGAAUUAAUUUUCAUUUUCAUUUUUUUAUUCUUGGAUAUUUUUGUUGGGUAAUAUCUUUAAGAUGCUGGGAUAUUAGUUUCAGGAAGUAGCAUUUUGGCUUAUUUCAGAUUCUAAAUUUAAGUUUCUUAUUUUCCAAGCAUUGUAGGCCUAUAGAAGGCCUCCUGUGUACUCAUUUGAAAAUUGAAUUACAAUUAUUUUAUGUUGGACAGUGGCCCUGCA